UCGGGGUUUCUCGCUUUGUAUCGCGGUGGUAAAGUGCAAGCUGGAGUCGUGGGCUUGUACUGUAACGUGUUGUUUCUGUGGAGAUCUGGUUGCAGCUGCAGUCUGGUUUAGAGGACUACAGAGAAGCUACAGAGAGGGGAAGCAAGCACCGAGCACAAGGCCUGCGGAGACUUCACUGUUUUAUCAUCAACCCUGCGACUUCCUGCAAGACACCUUUCUGUGUCUCUGCACACAAGGUUGUGAUCUCCUCGAGCACGCCUGAGAAUAAUACUGCUAGCUGAAGAGACUCCUCGCCCAGUCUGCCUGCUAAGAAAAUGACACCAGGUUACCAGUGAGGAAUGGUGGAUCAGUUGGCAGGAUGAAUUAGCAAUGUUAUAAACUUACUAUUCCAGAUUGGGGUAAACUGUGAAUAUGCGUUGCCUGGCAGCUCGCGUGAACUAUAAGACUCUGAUCAUCAUCUGCGCCAUCUUCACACUCGUGACUGUGCUGCUGUGGAACAAGUGCUCCAGUGACACAGCCAACCGCUUCCCACGAGACCAGAGCCUGCUGGAUAACAGGCUGUGGAGGGAGGGCUUAGAGAAGAGGACAGCUGCCUCGGAGAGCAACAGCCAUGCAAACAACCUCCCCGCGCCAAAGCAGCAGUCGGAGGAAGCUUCGCCCCAGGAACAGCAGAAGGCUCCCCCGGUGGUGGGAGUGGGGAACAGCAACGUUAACAAAGUGCUUGGAAUCAAAUAUGAAGAGAUAGACUGCCUAAUUAACGACGAGAAUACGAUCAAGGGAAGAAGGGAGGGGAACGAGGUCUAUCUUCCAUUCAGCUGGGCCGAGAAGUAUUUCGAAGUGUACGGAAAGAUCGCCCAGUACGACGGCUACGAGAGGUUUGAGUUCUCUCACAGCUACUCCAGAGUCUACGCCCAGCGGGAGCCCUACCACCGGGAUGGGGUGUUCAUGUCCUUCGAGGGGUACAACGUGGAGGUUCGGGACAGAGUGAAGUGCAUCAGUGGAGUGGAAGGAGUUCCUCUGUCCACGCAGUGGGGGCCUCAAGGCUACUUCUACCCAAUCCAGAUCGCACAGUAUGGGCUGAGUCACUACAGCAAGAACCUGACGGAGAAGCCCCCGCACAUCGAAGUGUACGAGAGCGCGGAGGACAGCAGGCAGCAGAGCGGCUGGACCGCUCCCAGGGGAUGCACCGUCUCUUCAGUGCAUGACAAAACCAGGUCCAGCACCGUCAAGCACUUCAGUGCACCAGAAGCUUCAGAUGGAGUCUGGCUGCCCCUUGGGAACACAAAAGAUUUCAUCAUCUCGUUCGACCUCCGAUUCGUGACGAACGGAAGCGUUUCCGUGGUCCUCGAGACGACCGAGAAGAACCAGCAGUUUGUUAUCCACUACGUCUCCAACACGCAGCUCAUAGCUUUCAAAGACAGGGACAUCUACUAUGGCAUCGGGGCCAGGACUAGCUGGAGUACCGUCACCAGAGACCUGGUGACCGACCUAAAGAAAGGAGUCGGGCUUUCCAACACCAAGGCUGUCAAGCAGACUAAAAUCACGCCCAAGCGGGUGGUUAAGAUCGUGCUGAAAGGGAAAGGCUUCAUCGAUAACAUCACCAUAUCCACGACCGCCCACAUGGCCGCCUUCUUCGCCGCCAGCGAUUGGCUGGUGAGGAACCAGGACGACCAAGGGGGCUGGCCCAUCAUGGUGACGCGGAAACUCGGGGAGGGCUUCAAGUCGCUGGACCCCGGCUGGUAUUCUGCCAUGGCGCAGGGACAGGCCAUGUCCACGCUGGUUAGAGCCUACUUGCUUACUAAAGAUCCGGUGUACCUCAGUGCCGCUCUCAAGGCAACAGCACCCUACAAACGGCCGUCUGGGCAGCAUGGCGUCAAGGCCGUGUUCAUGAACAAGUAUGACUGGUACGAGGAGUACCCCACCACCCCGAGCUCUUUCGUUUUAAAUGGCUUCAUUUACUCUUUGAUAGGCCUCUACGACCUGAAAGAGACUGCAGGGGAGCCGCUGGGGAGGGAGGCUCAAGUGCUGUACAGCCGGGGCUUGGAGUCCCUCAAAGCCAUGCUGCCGCUGUACGACACGGGCUCCGGCACCAUCUACGACCUUCGGCACUUCAUGCUGGGGACGGCGCCCAACCUGGCGCGCUGGGACUAUCACACCACGCACAUCAACCAGUUGCAGCUGCUGGGCACUGUGGAGGACUCUCCUGUCUUCAAAGACUUUGUCAAGCGCUGGAAGAGCUACAUGAAAGGAGGCAGGGCAAAGCACAACUAGAGCUUUCAACCACAACCCACGGCGUUUCACUCAUUCAGGCUGCACUGGAUCGACUACUCCGCUGUUGUGUCCAAUGAACACGCAAAGCCAUUUGAAACUUGUAUACGGAGUUGCUGUUGUUGCUGGCUGUGUGUGUUUGGUUGUUGGCGUUUUUUUUUUUCUUUUUUCAGCUAUUCAAAGAGAAUACUGUGUUGGUACCUAUCGAUUUAAGAUUUAGUAACACGUACACACAUACUUGCAUUUAAAUAUAAAUGUCUGUUCCAUGUUUCUAAGUGUUUUCUUUUUCCUUGAAUCUCUGUGCUGCGUGUGCAGGCUGUAGUAGAUAUCCACCUCCCUUGAUUUGUGAAUGGGGCAGUGCCGUUGAGUUUGGCUCGUCCUUCUACCCUUCUUUGUGUGGGCGUUUCCUGUUUUAACAGCUGCUCCAGCUUGGGUUCAGGCCUGACCUGCACCAUGUCAAUCAGAAUCGAGCAGGCUUUUCCAGUGAGCCUCCGUUUCAUUUUAGCACCUGCCUCAAAAAAAAUAACAAAGUUAAAAGGAUGUACAGUAGUGCAAAUACGUGUGUUGAUCUUCACUCUGCAAGAGCAUUAAAAAAAAUCGACAAACUGUUGGUGACGGGUAGAGAUAUUUACCAGUUUGUAUUGUUUUUUUUAUUAUAGAUAGCUUUUAGAUUUAAAAAAUAUAUUCCACAUUUAAAACAUGUAUAUUAAAAGGAAAUAUAUUUAUUUUGUUAGAGGGAAAUCCUGUAGGAUGCUGCAUUGUGAUUUUGAUGUACAGGUUAAAAUACAAUGGAAAAUACCUUUUUCAGACACUUUGGUACCUGCCAUUUGGCAGAGUUGUGUAUUAAUUAUUAAACCGUUUAGUAAUGA